AUGGACGUGAACGGGCCGGACAGUGACUGGCGGAGUGCGGGCUUCAGGCAGAAGCUGGUCAGUCAGAUUGAUGAGGCCAUGCGCAAAGCAGGGGUUGCUCACACCAAGUCUAGCAAGGAGAUGGAAAGUCAUGUUUUUCUAAAGGCUAAAACACGAGAAGAGUAUUUGUCUUUGGUUGCCAGACUUAUUAUUCACUUUCGAGAUAUCCAUAACAAGAAGUCCCAGGCAUCAGUAAGUGACCCAAUGAAUGCCUUACAGACUCUGACUGGUGCAGCUCCUGUUGGUGCACAGGGGAUACCCAUGGGUGUUCGCCCUCCUGGGGCACAAAUGGCAGCCAUUGGUGGAAUGGCACAAAUGGCACAACAAAUGACCCUUCCUGGUCAGCCACAGCAAGGUGCAUCGGGUAUGCCACCACAUGGAAUAACAGGGGUAUCAGCUGGAAACCAGCCUACCCAAAUGCAGCUCCAGCAAAUGGCCCAGCAACAGCAGCAGCAGUUUCAGCAGCAGCAGGCAGCCUUACAACAACACCAUCAGCAGCAACAACAGCAGCAAUUCCAAGUAUCUCAGCAAAGUGUUAUGCAACCACAGCAGCAGCAACAGUUUCAAAUGGCAGCAGUAGCUGCAGCUCAACAGCAGCAGCAACAACAGCAGGCACAACAGCAGCAACAGGCACAGCAGCUACAAGCUGCAGCCCAGCAGCAACACAUACUGAAGUUACAGAUGCAGCAGCAACAGAGUCAGCAGCAGCAGCUGCAGCAGCAACAGACACCACUAAGAUUUCCUCACAUGCAGCAAAUACAGCAACAGCCAGUUCAGCAGGUCAUGCAGCAACCUAUGCAGCAGCAGCCCCAACUGCAGCAACAGCAGCCACAGCAAGUGAUGCAGCUCCAGUUGCAGCAGCAGCAACAGCAAGUAGCACAGAAUCAGCAGCAGUUGCUUUCCACCCAAACCCAAGCCCAGUCUCUGGUGCCACCAGGACAGACACUCCCUGGACAAAUUCCUUCCCAAGUUAUGUCCGUUACAUUCACACCACAACAACAGUUGAAGAUGCUUCAGCAGGUGCAAGCUCGGCAGGUGCACCAACAAGCACAGGCUCAACAAGCUCAACAGCAAGCGCAAGCACAGCUACAGGCAGAAAAGCAAGCUCAGCAACAGCAGGCAGCACAGCAAGCAGCUCAACAGCAGGUGCAGCAGGUUGCUCAGCAGCAAGCUGCUCAGGCUCAUAUGGCAGCAGCGGGGGGGCCAGAUGAUCACCGCAUCUAUGACUCGAGGUGGGAUGACAAUAAGGUCGCGGUUCACGCCCACCACUGAAUCUGACACGCCUCCAAGCUCCAUCCCUAUGGGAGGACAGCAGAUCCCACAGGUAAAUCAGGGCAAUAUCUCUUUAAUGUCAUCACCAUCGCCUGUGCAACAGGUGCAGACUCCUCAAUCCAUGCCACCACCUCCUCAGCCAUCCCCACAGCCCUCACAGCCAAUGUCUCAACCCAACUCCAAUGUCAGCUCUGGUACAGCACCCUCCCCAAGCUUCAUGCCAAGCCCAUCCCCACAGCCUUCCCAGAGCCCAGCGUCUGCUCGCACUCCUCAGAAUUUCAGUGUGCCUUCUCCAGGACCCCUGAAUACCCCAGGCAAUCCAAACUCUGUGAUGAGCCCUGCAAGCUCCAACCAGUCAGAGGAACAGCAGUACCUGGAGAAGCUGAAACAACUUUCCAAGUAUAUAGAACCAUUGAGACGUAUGAUCAACAAGAUUGAUAAAAAUGAAGAUCGAAAAAAAGACCUCAGUAAAAUGAAGAGUCUCUUGGACAUCUUAACAGACCCAUCAAAGAGAUGCCCCCUGAAGACCCUGCAGAAAUGUGAGAUUGCUCUGGAGAAGCUGAAGAAUGACAUGGCUGUGCCAACUCCUCCUCCGCCAACUGUCCCUUCCACAAAGCAACAAUACCUGUAUCAACCCCUGUUGGAUGCAGUCCUGGCGAAUAUCAGAUCACCUGUAUUCAACCACUCCCUGUAUCGCACAUUUGCACCAGCUAUGACGGCUAUUCAUGGGCAACCUAUCACAGCUCAGAUAAUUGCUCCUCGAAAACGCAAGUUUGAAGAAGUAUGAGAGGCAAGUCCAUUCCGAACGUUCUUUCAGGGUUGAGUUUGGAGGUUGCUACUAAACUGCACUCCAGAUUCUUGGUAAAUCUGGAUCCAUCUCAACUGCAGUUACAAUGGGACUGUCCAUCUUAUAUGUAAAUUGGAUGAUAAGAACCUCCCAAGUGUUCCUCCUCUACAACUAAGUGUCCCAGCUGAUUACCCUGAACAGAGUCCUCUAUGGAUGAACAACCCCCGGCAAUAUGAGGCCAAUCCUUUCCUACAAUCUGUGUACCGCUGCAUGACAUCUAAACUACUUCAGCUUCCCGACAAACACUCUCUCACAGCAUUGCUGACCACGUGGGCACAAAGCAUUCGGCAAGCGUGUCUUUCUGCUGCAUGA